GUCUGGCAAGACUGCGGGCACCGAGUCACCAGGUAUGACAGCGAGCACACUGGGUCACCAGGCAUUGGAUCGUCUGGCUCGACAGCGGGCAUCGGGUCACCAGGUAUGACAGCGGGCACUGGCUCGCCAGCGGGCACCGCGUCAUCUGGCACGGCAGUGGGCACCGAGUUACCAGGCACGACAGUGGACUCUGACUCAUUGGCACGACAGCGGGCACCGGGUCAUCAGGUACCGGAUUGUCUGGCUCGACAGCGGGCAUCGGGUCACCAGGCAUCAGGUCAUUUGGCUCGCCAGCGGGCACCGCGUCAUCUGGCAAGGCAGUGGGCACCGAGUCACCAGGUACGACAGUUACGGGGCUCGGGCACCGGAUCAUCUGGAUCAACAGCGGGCAUCGAGUCAACUGGCCUAAUAGGAUCAUCAGGCUGGAUCAGCUGAGUAGAGGCAUCAGGCUGGGUACAGGCAUCAGGCUGGGAACAGGCAUCAGGCUGAGAGAGGCAUCAGGCUGAAGAGAGGCAUCAGGCUGAACCACGG